GCUCGAGCUCUUCAGCCCAAGACUUGCUUCCUUUGCUUUCAUCAUCAACAUCCAACAACAACAACAUCAUCAUCAAGCAUCAUCAUAUCGAACAUCACUAUCGCCCAUCAUGGCAACCGACGUCCAACAUCACCAUCCCGCGCCGACGCAUGAGUCAGCAAGAGGCCACCAAUCGGUUCCCUCCAACUCAACCGCCACGACUGUAAUCGGCUCUUUUGUCCCCUUCAAGCUUGAGGGCAACGACACGACAACACCACCCAGUGCCGUCGACACCGACACGGAUGAUGCCAAUCUCCCCGAACCCAGACAACUCCUCGAGAGAAUCCCGACUGUUCUCCAGCCUAGCAUUCCGUGGAGGAAGAGGCUGAUGCACUUUACCUUUGCCUGGUACACCGUCACACUGUCCACCAGCGGUGUCUCUCUGGUCCUGGCCAUCACCCCCCACCGUUUCCGCGGUCUCUCCACCAUCGGCCUCGUCAUCUUUCUCCUGGACCUGCUCUUCUUCUUGGUGAUCACCACCUCCAUCACCCUUCGCUUCGUUCUCUACAAGUCCACCUUCCGGCGCGCCUUCACCCGGCCCCACGAAGCCCUCUUCGUGCCGACCUUCUUUCUUUCCAUCGCCGCCAUCCUCUGCAACGUAGCCGAAUACGCCCGCAUCUUUCUUUUCAACGGCGACAUUUCCUACGGCGUCCCCUCCGACGACGACGACCCCCGCGCCUCACUCACCUCCUUCGCCACCUUUCUCUGUGUCGCCUUUUGGUUUUUCUCCGGUCUCACCUUCCUCGCCUCCGUAAUCCAAUACCACCUCCUCUUCACCGUCAAAGCUGAGCGUCGCCUGUCUCUCACAACCAUCACGCCCGCCUGGGUCCUGCCCAUCUUCCCCGUCAUGCUGAUAGGAACGCUUGCCGGUUCGUUUUCCAGGACCCAAUCCCCCUCGUCAGCAAUCGGCAUGAUCUGCGCUGGUCUAGCGGCACAGGGUCUCGGUCUACUCGUCAGCUUCUUCUUCUUCAGUUCGUACCUUAGCAGAUUAAUGGCAUUUGGUCUACCCGCCCAGCGCGCAGGCAUGUUCAUCGCCGUUGGCCCGCCUAGCUUCACGGGUGCGGCAGUCAUCAACAUGGCGAGCGACAUCCCCAGGGUGUUUGCGCAGUUGGAUCCCGCGCGCGUUGCUGUCCUUACUGGCGGCAUGGGACCCGAGAGCAUGGAGACGUUGGCGGCGGGGUGCAAGUUGGGAGCCAUCUGGCUUGGUGUCUUUCUCUGGGGAUUGGGGUUCUGGUUCUUUAUUAGUGCCGUGGCCGGGUGUGUCGCGGGCAUGCAGGACAAGCGGUUCCAUUUGAGCUGGUGGAGUACCGUUUUCCCGAAUGUCGGGUUCACGAUUGCGAGUAUCAAGAUUGGGGCUGGCUUGGGCAGUGAGGGGGUGCUGUGGAUGGGAAGCGGGAUGACGGUUGCCUUGGUUCUGGCGUGGGCGUUUAUAGGGUAUCGCUGCGUCAGGGCGGUGGUGAAGAGAGAGAUUGUGUGGCCGGGACAUGAUGAGGAUUCUUGAUUUGUGAAUCUUGAAUCUGAGAGGGGAGUAUAAGGGGGGAGAGGUCAAGCUGGAUUUUGGGGAUCUGGCUGGUUACGACUUACGACUUUAUGUUACGACACGGGUUAUUAAUGGUCCAUGACAUUGGUUGGGAUUGGGGUCCUGGUACCGGCAUGGCACACGGAGUUCAAGGUUGUUUCAUCAUCAAAGACUUGGGUUUAGAGAACUCGGUUUAGAUACCGCAUGCAUGUAAAAGACGGACAGACAAAAGGGUUCAGGUUGAGACUUGGGAUUGACUUGAAGUUUGGUAGGGAAGGGCACGCAUGGAACAAAUAGUUGUUGAUGGGACAACGGGAUAGAUGUACGAUUCACGGUAAUGGAAAUGGGUCAUGUCUAGCCUGCAAUGGGGACGAGUACAGAUACGGAGACCACUUU